AUGUAGAGGCUGGGAACCAUCUCCCUCUCAAAUUCUUCUUCCUAAGUUUUUUGUACUCCUAAGACUAUAGUGGCUGCUGUACCUCCUGCCACUGCAGCAGGAGGUGUGGAAGGCUUUGAGGAGCCAGCAACUGUGGGAAAGGUCACCCUUCACUCUCUGGACUUUUGGGUGAUCGAUAGCGGCGCCACCUACAGCAUGACACCUCAGAGGUUGUGUGGCAGCGGCGUUUGCUAGCUGAAUUGGGGGAGGAGCAGCAAGGACCUACCCCACUCUACUGUGAUAGCCAGGGUGCUAUUGCAUUGGCUAAGAACCCCAUUCUUCAUGGCCUUACCAAGCACAUGAAGGUGAAGUGGUAUUGGGUGAGGAGCAUGGUAACCGCGGGUGAAGUGGAGUUGCACUACGUGACGACGACGGCGCAGCCAGCUGAUAUGAUGACCAAGAGGCUGGUUGAGCAGCAGCAUUGGAAGUGUUGCAAGCUUGCGGGGAUGGCUCUGAACUAAAGGGAGCAGAUUCUAAGGCCAACAAUCCGAGGGGGAGUUUGUUGGUGCAAUCCUAUGGCUUGCACUCGGCUUGUCGUCCUUGUUUGUGUGUGUGCAUGCAUGGCAUGGAAUGAAUUGUGAGUCUAUGU